AUGUCUAGCCUAUCGGACCAGGUCUACAAUCUCUUUGCCAGCGUGACUGGUAGGGAGAAGAUCGGGUUCCUGGAUUCAUCUGCAACAUCGCUAUACGUCGCGGCUGCGGCUGUCGUGUUCAAUCCCGUUUUCUGGAAUAUUGUCGCCCGUGCUGAAUACAACACACAUUUUUUGACCAAGAUAUUCCGAUCGCCCUAUUAUGGAUGCUACGCUUUGGCAGUUACCAUCUUCUCUAUCGGCAUUAUCCGAGAUCACCUGUACACUGUUGCCUUGAAUGAGCAGCCAGUCUAUCCUCCACUACACCAGCCCGAGUUGGGCAUCGGCUUGUUCCUCACUGGCAAUGUCCUUGUCCUGUCGAGCAUGUGGGCUCUGGGAGUUACCGGUACCUACCUCGGCGACUACUUCGGAAUUCUCAUGGACAAGAAGGUCGAAGGAUUCCCUUUCAAUGUGACUGGUGCACCAAUGUAUUGGGGUAGCACGUUGUCGUUCCUCGGCACAGCUUUGUACAAAGGCCGCACUGCAGGUGUUCUGAUCUCUGCGGAGGUAUUCGUCAUGUAUCUUAUCGCGUUACAGUACGAGGAUCCAUUUACUGCCAAGAUCUAUGCGCAGAAAGAUGCUCGGCCUGUCACUCGGUCUAUGACCAAACAAAAAGAGCGGAAGAAGGCAUGA